ACACCUCUCUUAUGCACAUCAUUAAGCUAUGAGCGAGUGUUACGCUAGCUUUGCGUAGCGUAACGUAGCACUCACAUAGCAUAAAAGUAUAAGUAUGUGUGUCUCAAGGGACCAAUAAAUUCAGCAAACAUUUGUACCGUCCAUUUCAUUCGCAAAUCUGACACCGACAACACGAACAUUCAACAAGCUGUUGAUCUUUCCCUGUUGAUCAUUCAUUUUUUUGACCACAAACGAUCCAUAUGACAAUUUGAACAUUGUUCAAACAUCAUCCAACAACCAAAAUGCCUAAAGCCUUUUUACUUAAGAAAAAAUCUUCAACAACAACAAUGGUGAAUGGACCGAUCUAUCGAUCAAUAUCACCCAAAUUAUUUUCACCAUCAUCUUCAUCCGGAAUCGGAUCCCCGAAUUCAUUAUCAUCCACUAUGAGUCAUACAGAAUUAUCAAUGUCACCCCGAAAUGAUCAGGAAAAUAAUCAUUUUGAUCAUCAAUCAACAAUACAGAAAAUUAAUAAAUAUUCAUCAUCAUUGAAUGAAAAUCAAGGUCUAGAUUUAAGUAUCAAGAGUUUAUUAAAAGAAUCAAAUUCAUCAUCAUCAUCCUCGUCAACAUUCGUAUCAAGCUAUCCAUAUCCAGCCAAAUUUGCUAAAAUUGCCGAUUUUUUACGUACAAAUUCCAAUGAAUCAUCCAACAACAAACCAAACCAUCAGCAACCGGUACCUUUGGUUACAACACCAAUCAACAACAAUCGAAUCACUGAAGCUAUCGAUUACAGCGUUAUUGAAGCGAACAACAACAAAUCAUCACCAAUAACAUCGAUAAAACCAAUAAAUUAUUGUUCGAGAAUAAUGGAUGAUAAAGAAGAAUUAUCAGUUACAAAUAAUAAUCAUCAUUAUCAACGAAUGCCACCAUAUAGUAUAAAUUGGAGUGAACAUUUUUCAGUUAAUCAGAUAAUCGUAUCCCCAUCAAAUAAUAGUCAAAGAUCAUCAUCUGCCGAUGAUUCUGGUCGGGAAAGUAUACAUUCAACCGACGAUUUUGAUUCCAAAAUUGACUUGGAUGAUUCGAUGGAUUCGAAUAAUAAAAUGAUGAAUAGUGGAAAAAAAUCCUCAUCCACUGCUGAUCGUUAUCAUUGUCCUGAUUGUCAAAAAAGUUAUUCAACACAAAGUGGAUUGGCUAAACAUCAAGAAUUUCUUUGCCAAAGUCAGGUGAAAAAAUCAUUUAGCUGCAAACAUUGUGAAAAAGUUUAUGUAUCAUUGGGUGCAUUGAAAAUGCAUAUCCGUACACAUACCUUGCCAUGUAAAUGUAAACUUUGUGGUAAAGCAUUUUCACGUCCAUGGUUAUUGCAAGGUCAUAUUCGUACUCAUACCGGAGAGAAGCCAUUUGCAUGUCAAUUCUGUAAUCGUGCAUUUGCUGAUCGUUCGAAUUUACGUGCCCAUUUGCAAACACAUUCAGUGGUGAAAAAAUACCAUUGUAAAUCAUGUUCGCGUACAUUUUCACGUAUGUCAUUGUUAUUAAAACAUGAAGAUAAUGGUUGUAAUGGAUCAUUGCAUCGAUCAUUAUCAACAAAUCCAUCAUCCACAAUGGUUCCCAUUCAAGUUUGAUUCAAUAAUCAAUAAUAAAAUCAUUUUCGCUAGUCUCUUUUUUCUCAAUCACAUCACUAUCAUUGAAUAAUUGUAAAUAAUAAUUACCUAUUAACCUGUUGCACCAUUUACUUUUUAUUCAUAUAACGUUAUCAUUUUGAUUUACAAAACAAUGGAUGAGUACCCUUGACCAAGUCUAAACCAAACAAAUAAACAAAAAUUUUGUUUCGUUUUUUACAUAACAAAUUAAUUAUUUAGUCAAAUUUUACAUUUCAUUUGCAUCACGCAUACUUUUUAUCACACUUUAUUUCAUUCAUUUGAUGGAAUUU